GUGACGUCUAGUCGUGCCGCUCAGCAGAGGCAGCAGGCAGGGGGAGGUAGUGGAGGAGACUCCUUCUCUCAGAGCCAUGGCAGUGCCUUCCACCUACCAGAUGCACACCAGACCACUACCGGUCACUACUACCCGAGUUCCACCCUGCCCACCCAGCGUGUGAGUUCCCCUCUAACCGGAGGAGUAGGUGGAGGGUCUGGUUCUCCCAGCAAGCUACAGCGCCUGGGUCCAGCAUCAGACAAACCAGGCUACGCUACCACACAGCGCCUACCUUCUUCCUCCUCAUCAUCCUCACCCAACAAACAGUCCCCCGCCAACCGACUCGCCAAGUCUUACAGCACCUCUGUUUCCGUGACGACGACAGGAGGCACCGGGUCUCCUCCGAACGCCAUAGCAUCAGUUGCCGGAGGAGGGGCUACCGCGUCAUCAUCCCCCCUGCACCAGAUGAGUUCGGGCAUAGGGAGCUACGCUACUCUGUCUCCUAAAAGACUGGCUGCUCACCACGCCUCCGACCAGUACAAGAUAUCACACGAGCUCUAUGCUACUGCUACGCUCCAGAGGCCCGACGAGGACAAAGGGGACCUUUCCAGCUACGUGGUCAAACUGAUAUCAGAGGAACUUGAAGUGGGUGAAUCACCAGAGGAUCUGGAACGAGGCCAUAGGAUUGGCGUGAAACAGAAGAACGCUAAAUACCUUUACAUGGGAAUCUUCAAGAUGUGGAACUAUCAGACCAAAGUCAACAUUCUGAAGGCACAGGGGGGAAAGGAGAUCAAAAUCCACGGCCAGUCCAUUCCAUUCGUCCAGGAMCUGUCUGACAGGCA